AUGCAGACAGGACGCAUCGCCAUGAUCCGUAGCGGUGAAGUGAACAUGAGAUACCUGGUUGUGGUGCCAUUGCACUGCUUUGCCAAGGUAGCUCGCACAAAGUACUUGGGCAUAGAUCCCAUCACUGAUGGUGACCUCAUGUGGAUAGCGGACGAGGCCCUUGCGGCACCGCUCCCUUCCGAGUGGACCGAACACCAUGACAGUGCGGACCGGGUCUUCUACUACAAUGUGCAGACCCACGCCAGCUCGUGGACGCAUCCACUUGAACAGAUGCACCGGGACACGUACAAGUCCAUUGUGCAUUAUCGCAGCGGAGAGGUCUCCAAGGAGGAUCAGGUGACGGAGCUCGAGAGGCUCAAGAGAAAGUGUGACGAUGCGGAGCGAGAGUCCAUCAGAGAUCUUCAGGCGUGGUCAGAACAUACUGACGAAGGAGGUCAGAAGUUCUACUACAACCGCGAGAAACAGGUCAGUGUGUGGACAGAUCCACGACCUGCGCGUUGUCACGCCUUGUACUUGCAGAUGAGAGCGCUCCGGGAUAUGAGCAAGCACUGUGGACAGGCAGUUCCUGGGCUGGGCCCAAUGGAUGAUCCACGCAGAGAUAAGCUUCGAAUUCAGCAGACAUUGGUCAUGGGCAAUGUAGAUCCUUUGGGCAGAAGUACUACGCGCGAUAAAGCAGGUGCAGAGGAUAGCUCCUCUCGAUUAGCAGAUGGCGCAGGGAAGGAUGAGGAAAAGAAAAAGAAGAAGAAGCACAAGGAGGGGAAGCACAAAAAAGAUCCCGGCAACGAGGAGCUUCUAGACCUCACCGAAGAUGGCGAUGGGGACAUAGGAUCUCCGGACAUCUUCAACAAGAAGUCUGGCCUGGAUGUCAAGAAACCCUCUCUAUCUGCGGUGGAGGAGGUGAGACAAGCCCUUGGGGUUGCACCUGGCAGCAGCAAUGCUGGCAGCAGCAAUCAGCAAAGUCCACCCAGCUUGUCCGGCGCUGGUGGCGGACUGCCCAGCAUAAACCAGGGCAGCUUUAGCUCCCGCUUGCCAACCCCACCAGGUGACGGUUUGAGCUCUGUCGGUCGAGCAAAGGUCAGAGCAGGCAUUCGGUUAGAGCCGAUCAAAGGCUAG